AUGGUCAUGGCCUGCAGAAAUAUAAACAGAAAGAGUCAUAUAGGACUUCAGCAGAUUUCGUCAUUAACAGAAACAGGACGAAGUUUCCUAGGCCCAGUAAAGUCUUCCAAGUUUAUUAUAGGUGAAGGAUCUCAAGAAAGUGUAUUAGCCUGUUCUACAAUGAGGCUUCUUGAAAAUCUGGAUUUAACUUGUUCAGCUGGACAACUUCUUUAUGAAACAAUACAGUCACAGAAAAACGUGUAUGGGACUGGGACCAACACCUUGUUGUUUCUUGCUGGUGCUUGGAGUGUCGCUGCCCUAGAAUGUCUUCAGCAAGACAUCCCGAUUUCAGUCAUAGUGUCAGUGAUGUCAGAAGGCCUCAAGUCUUGCAGGGAAGAAGUUGUUUCUCUACAGAUCCCUCUGUGUAAUAUAUUUGACAAUAUUAAAGACACGAAAUACCCUUUUCUUGAAACUCUGAGCAUCAUUCCCAGUCCUCUUGUGCAGAUUCCACUGGAGAUUCCUUGGACACAAAGAGAUCAUGACAAAAGAGAUUUGUCUUCUCAACCAUCCACUUUUGCGUUUUCUUCUGGGCGUUCUUCUGGAUUAUCUUCAAAACUCUCUUACUUCACUUCUCAGUCUCUGACUAAAAAAAACGAAGCUGUGUCUCGAUCUCCAACAACCAAUCAAAUUACAAAUAGUCACAUCAGAAAAUCAAGGCUAAUUCAUAGCAGACAUUUUAAUAGGGUAGAAGAUAGUUCUUAUCAGCCAAGCAGUGAAGGAUUUCCAAACACUCAUUUUGAUUAUAAGUGCAGUGAUUUGGUGCAGCUGGCAGUGGGUCUGAGUCACGGAGAUCAUAGCAGUAUGACAUUAGUGGAAGCAGCAGUCAAAUGCCAAUAUCAGAAUGCACAUGUGAGAAAUAGUAGUUGUGGGGUACCAUUUCAGUUUGAUGUUUCAAAAAUUUCUACUUGCUGCUUACCAGGUAUAUCCGAAAGCUUUUCCUGUGUCUGCUCUGGAUAUAUAACUCUGGUAUCGAUAAGCUAUAAAACUAUAAUCAGAGAACUCCAGAAUAGGCCUCUGCGGGUAGUUCUCAUUGAUGGUGACUUUAAAGAGAAUUACCACCACUUGGGAUUUAAUGAACCCGAAAAUGUUAAAAUUAUUUUGGGAAAUACAGCAUAUCAAUAUCAAAAGAAACUCUGGCUGGAAAAUGUUUUGGAGAUGUUAACCCAGUUAAAUGUAAAUCUAGUGAUGGCUCGAGGAACUGUGUCUGAAAAUUUAAUAGAAAAGUGUAUGCUUAGUAACUUGCUCAUCAUUGGGCAUGUCAGUCACCACACCCUGCAGGAUUUUGCAAAAGUCACUGGAGCAGUGCAGGUGGCCUAUGCUACACAACUGAAUGAAGGCUGUGUGGGGAGUGGUGCCUAUGUGAGCCUGUGGAGACCCGGCCAACUGAACACCAUAGAACAGAAUAACAAGGUAGUGGUCUUGUUAAAAGCUGAAGGAAUCCUUCUGGUGACAGCUGUGCUCGCUAGUCCAGUCAUAGCCCAAAUGCAGGCCAAGGAAGAUAUUUUCUGGACCUGUGCAUAUCGUCUGUAUCAUGCUCUGUUAGAGCAGAAGGUCUUCCUCGGAGGUGGUGCUGUUGAAGUCUUAUGCCUUUCCCAUCUUCAGAUGCUGAUAGAACAGUCUCUUAAAAAGACGGACAAGGAUUGUUCAGGAUGGUUUCCUACUGCUUCCUCUUGGAUGGCCUCAUCUCAGGCCCUUUAUAGACCAGCUGUACUUAAAGCCUUGGCAGAUGGGUGGCACAAGUACCUUUCAGCUGUCGUUUUUAACACUGGUACUUGUUCAUCAGAAAGUGAAGCCAGCACAUUCAUUCAAAACUAUCUCCAAAAAAUUACAAACUCCGGUUGUCCUUUAUUAUUCCUUCUGAAAGAAUACGAUAGAGUGAAUAGUAAGAUUUUAAAUUUGGGUAUUUCUAGAAGACUAAAAGUAACCGCAAAGGUUUAUGAUGUUGUUACACCCAAGUUUGAGGCCUGGCGCCGAGCCCUAGAUUUAGUAUUAUUAGUACUUCAGACAGAUGCUGAAAUUAUUAUUGGGGCUGGGAAUUCACAGUUAAACUCACAGGAGUCCAAUGAAUUUUUAUUAUUAUAG